AUGUACCAACAUAGUAAGAAAUGUUUCACCAUCGAAUCCCUGGUUGGGAAAGACGUGAACUCUUCGACUAACGGGGACGAACCGAUCAGACCCACAGCGCUGAGGUUCACGGAAUCAAUUCACCCGGCGCCCUUUGGGAGUUGUUUCCAGAACUCCGGCAGGACUUUAUACAGCAGUCCAGACAUGAUGUUCCCUGACCCGGGCACACACACAGGGAACUCCGGUCUGCCCCUGCAUCCCCUCCAGCUUCCAUCUCAGCCUUUCUUCAACCCGCAUCAGAGAGACACGUUGAAUUUCUACCCGUGGGUUCUUCGAAACAGAUAUCUCGGACACAGGUUCCAAGAUGAGGACAGCAGCCCAGAGAACCUGCUCCUUCAUGGGCCUUUUUCCCGCAAGCCGAAGCGCAUCCGGACAGCCUUCUCCCCCUCACAGCUCCUCAGGCUGGAGAGGGCCUUUGAGAAGAACCACUAUGUGGUGGGAGCAGAGCGGAAGCAGCUCGCCAGCGGCCUCUGCCUCACCGAGACACAGGUAAAGGUUUGGUUCCAGAACAGGAGGACGAAGCACAAGAGACAGAAGCUGGAGGAAGAGUCACCUGAGUCGCAGCAGAAGAGGAAAGGAAGCCAGCACGUCAGCCGCUGGAGGGUGGCUACGCAGCAGGGCAGUAGCCCCGACGACAUCGAUGUCAUCUCAGAGGACUGA